AUGCGGGAGGCGAAGCCGGAGCCCGACCGCGUCAUCUCUACAACGCUGGAAUCAGCGCGUGCGAGAGUGCCGGGCAGUGGCGGCGGGCCUUGGCGCUGCUCAGCGAGAUGCGGGAGGCGAGGUUGGAGCCCAACCUUAUCUAUCUACAGCGCUUGGAUCAGCGCGUGCGAGAGGAGCGAGCAGUGGCAGCGAACUCUGGCGCUGCUCAGCGAGAUGUGUGAGGCGAAGAUGGAACCCAACGUCAUUAGCUACGGCGGUGGGAUCAGCGCGUGCGUGAAGAGCGAGCAGUGGCAGCGGGCCCUAGCGCUGCUCAGCGAGAUGCGGGAGGCGAAGCUGGAGCCCGACGCCAUCUUGUGCUACAACGCUGGAGUCCGUGCGUGCGAGAAGAGCGAGCAGUGGCAGCGGGUCCUGGCGCUGCUCAGCGAGAUGUGCGAGCUGUGGCAGCAGGCGGGGUCGUUGCCCCACGAGACGCGUGAGGCGAAGCUAUAG